UAAACGUGCUAUUCAGGUUUUAGAGUGUGUGGUGUAGGUGUUUGCUAUGGUUUGAAUCGCUUUAAUGUGGCAUAUUUGACUUGACACUUUAUAUUUGUAACAUUUGAUUACAGAAUCGGCAUUGUGCUUUGUUUUAUUCUUGUUUCGGUACAUUAGAAGUUGUCUUGAUCUGCAGUUUUAAUCCGAAAAGCGAGUCGCCUUCUGCUUGGCAACCACAAAAUUAUCUGUAUGCUGAUCGGAUCGGUUCGGUUCUCUCUACUUGGACUGUUUUCAGUCAGUUUUAUUGACUUCACUCUGUGAAACAUGAACUACUCCAGAUUUUUGACAGCCGUGAGUGCAGCACGGAGGCCGUCCCCAAUCCGCCUUCUGACUGAGCUCCAGCAGCGCUCUCCCCCUACCUUAAUUUCUCUUGCUGGGGGAGCCCCAAACCCCAACACCUUCCCUUUCCACUCCGCCAGCAUUAAAACGAAGAAUGGAGAAACCAUUGAGUUUGAUGGGACCAUGAUGAAGAGGGCUUUGCAGUAUUCUGGCUCUUAUGGUAUUCCAGAGCUGAUCUCGUGGAUGAAGGAGCUCCAGAAGAGGCUGCAUGACCCUCCAACAGCGAGCUUCAGCCCGGAGAGAGGACAGAUGGAGAUGUGUGUCACCACUGGCAGCCAGGAGGGACUCUGCAAAGUGUUUGAGAUGCUUGUCAAUCCUGGUGAUACUGUGCUCCUUGAUGCACCCACAUAUUCAGGAACUCUGGCAGCACUCCAGCCGCUGGGCUGUAACAUCGUAAAUGUGCCGAGUGAUCAGUAUGGUAUGAUUCCGGAUGGCCUUAGAGACAUUCUGGCCCAGUGGGACUCACACAAACCUGACAGCACUACACCCAAAGUCCUCUACACCAUCCCCAACGGAGGCAACCCCACCGGAGCCUCAAUGACCUUAGAGAGGAAGCAGAAGGUCUAUGAGCUCGCAAGGAAGUAUGACUUUCUUAUCAUUGAAGAUGACCCGUAUUAUUUCCUGCAGUUUCAAAAGCCAUGGGCUCCUACAUUUCUGUCACUAGAUGUGGAUGGACGAGUUAUACGAACAGACUCCUUUUCCAAAAUCCUGUCAUCAGGGUUAAGGAUAGGUUUUGUCACAGGACCAAAACCGUUAGUGGACCGUGUUGUACUUCACAUUCAAGCAUCCACCAUGCACACCAGCACCUUCACUCAGCUCAUGGUCUCUCAGCUCCUGCACGGUUGGGGUCAGGAGGGUUUCCUGAAUCACAUUGAUGGGGUGGUGGAGUUUUAUCUAGCCCAGAGGAACGCUAUGCUCUCUUCAGCAGAUAAAUGGCUUAAAGAUGUAGCAGAGUGGCACGCACCAGCGGCAGGCAUGUUCCUGUGGAUUAAACUAAAGGGGGUUAAAGACACGCAGCAGCUUAUAAUGGAGAAAGCACUGGAGAAAGAGGUGCUUCUUGUUCCUGGAGGAGUUUUUAACAUCCACAGUUCAGAGCAGUGUCCCUACGUCAGAGCCGCGUUCUCUCUCUCUACACCACAACAGAUUGAUGAGGCUUUCAAGAGACUCUCAGCUCUCAUCAAGGAGGCUCCGUGAGAAUGAUGCUUUUUUGCACACAGAUACCUAGAUGACCCCUGCAAUGACCAAAGUCAAAGUUUCUCACUGCAGUUGUGCGGGCAAUUAAUCGUAAUGCCUUUAAACACACUACAAGACUCAGCUGUCUUUCUGACUAGUAGCUAAGAUAGCAUUAGUUUUAAAGGGAUAAACCUAGAGAAACCUGUCUGAGCUCAAGAAACAAUUUUUCUGUGAGUAAAUUUACAUACAAUUGCUGUCAAGAGAGAACUUUAUAUCUCUAACUUUGAUUUUUUUUUUUCAUUAUUUCAAAAUGCCAUCUGCUCUUAACAUUAUGUGAAAGUUUUAUAGUGCAUAGACCAAUAGAAAUGGUCCAGAAUUACUUGAAAUUAAAUCUCUUCACACUAAUUUCCGUGAAAGGUAAUGAAUGUUUCUCCUGUAAAGUUACCAUUUUGGAGAUAGAAGUUUUGUUCUCACAGUGACAGUAUUCAGAUUGCAUUUAAACCUUUGUCUACAUGAUGUUUAUGAUAAGUAUGUAAUAGUGAGUGAAGUGUUCUGAGGGUAAAUAAUGUAUUUUAUGCUUAUAAAUUCGUAUAAUAAAUUAAAAAUUCAGUCUGUAUGAGGU